AUGGAGAAAGAAUGGGAACAGCCAGACUCUGAUUCACUCUCCCAGCGAUGGACCGUGCUCAACAGACUCGAUACGCUACCUGCCGAAGUAUUACUUGCGAUCUUUAGGUCAUUCUUCGAUGGCAUUCGCCUGACACCAAUACCAGGCAAUCGCCAUAAAUGCUGCACGGUCGAGAACAGGGACAAUUCACGACUAGCAUUGCUGUUGAUGUCCAAGUCACACACCCAGAUGGUUCAAACCGUCUUGUGGGAGUGUGCGACAGUCCUGAUUGCAUGCCCAGUCUCUCUGUGCGUACUACAAUCCGGCACAUAUCCUCUCGACAGAGUACAGGAGUUUGAGCUCGACAUGACUUCUCGUCACGACCGGCCGACCUUUCUCCUCAUAAGCAGAGUCAUCAGACGUCUGCCGAAGCUGCGGCUAAUUCGCUUCGUCACACGUGGCCCAGUACUCAACUUCUCGCGGUGGUCUCUACUGGCGGAAAUCCACGACGGUACAUCUGAGCUUACCCGAGCUGUACGAAAGCAUCUCAGCACUCGCUACAGCGUAAUUGACCUAUUGAAUGAAGCCUGGCUGACGAAACUUGUGACGGACGCAUCUGAUGCCAACCACGUGCUCGAGGUCGAGAUUAAAUUCAGUCUUCGAUCCGAGCAGCUUGGACCCGGUAAUGCAUCAAAUUGUGUUCUCUUAACGGGGCCCGUGGGUGCCCUUGAGCUGUUCAACGUCCCCGUUGUCUUCUCUGCCAAGAAGCAGACACUGACUGGAGUUCACAAAGACACUGCCUUCUCUGUGCCACAACAGCCUCUCGUCCCUAAAGAACCACAUUUUCAUCGUGCAGACAUAUAUGCGGACAAUUCUCAGGCCGAGAGUGAACUUUGGCGCAUAGUCGACGAGCGGUUCUCCAACAUGAAGCUCACACCAAGAUCUACUUGGCAAUUGCACAACUUGAUGAACGAUAAUCCGGAGCUCUUGCGCGCUGGCGUCGCCCCUGUAGAGUCCAUGGAGGCCUCCAGGGACCGAGAAUUGGCUUGGAACAUCGGCAAAAUCUUGUACGCGGUUGAGACACACGCGCUCGAUGACUCUUGCGAAGAAUGCUCGGAUCAAUUCAUCGACGACGUUGAAUUCAGUCCCACAGAUCAGUACAACAUAUGGCGCAGAGUGCUCCAGGCGAGGAGUCAGCCACUGCGGCAGCGUCCAUGGCGAGUGGCUUAUGAUCUGGUUGCGGCCGUCGAAAACAACGCCGAGGAGCCCGGCUACAUGAUGUACGAACAGCAGGAGACUUUCUUCACACGCCUCUUCGACCCGAAACAGAAAUGGGUCACGGACAAGUAG